GAGGGGGGGGGGGAGAGGAAAAGCUGCUAAAGUGGCAUUUUACAGCAGCCUUUUCCCGUCUGAGACUUGAGCACAUGAACUGGGCACCUGGGCCCUCGCCAGCUUCUCUGGGAACACAUGUCGUUACUGUCUUUGUCCCAAGUGAACUUUGUGAGAGUGCCGAGUGCCUGCCCAGUCUGGGAGGGCUGUAUGAGGCGAGUGGCCGAGUGCCGGAAAUCUCCCACGUCCUGAUCCCGGCUCCCUGUAUAUUAUGCUGCUGAUCCCCCUCAUCCAGUCUCAUGAAAAGACCGCAAAGUUAUCUCCCAGCCUACACAAGAUGACAAGCGGACUUGGGCGCCGUAGUUUUGCAGCCAGACUGCAAAUACUGUAUGUUUUUAUCAGCAUAACCGAUGCAUUCGGAGCAUGGAAAGAUGGCAAUAUUUUGUCCAGUAAAUUGUCAUCGCCUAGGCAACAAGACCAUCUAGAGCAGCUGCAACAAUAUGAGCACGUCGUUCCUUACCUCCUGGAUGGAGAUCACCGGGAACAAUCCAGCAACCUCCAUGGAAAGAACUAUCCAGCAUGGGCCAAAUUCCUAAUUGAAGCUGAAGGCAAACAGCUGAUCAUCGAACUUGAAAGAAAUGAUGUGCUUUUUGCUGAAAACUAUACAGAGACACACUACCUGCUUGAUGGCAGCGCCGUCACUAACACAAGGAAUCAUACGGGUCACUGCUACUAUCAUGGUCAUGUGCAAGGAUAUUCUCAAUCUACUGUCAGCCUCAGCACUUGUUCUGGUCUCAGGGGAUUUGUUUCAUUCGAAAAUAAAAGUUAUAUAUUAGAACCGAUUGAAGGUGCUACCAAUAAUACACACUUGAUCUACCGAGCAGAAAAUCUGCAGGGCAUUGUGGGUGCCUGUGGACAUGACUACAGAACUUCAGAAACCACCAUGGACAACAUUGUUGAGUCCUUGCAGAGAUCUUCCUCAAGGCACAAGAGAGACAUUUUGAAGACCACUAAGUAUGUGGAACUGAUUAUAGUAGCAGACAAUCGAGAGUUUCAGAAACAUGGAAAUGAUUUGGAAAAGACUAAACAGAGAUUGAUAGAAAUUGGCAACUUUGUGGACAAGUUUUACAGAUCCUUGAACAUUCGAGUUGCACUGGUUGGAGUGGAAGUAUGGACUGAUAUGGAUAAAUGCUCAAUAACUGGUGACCCAUUUAUUACACUCAACGAGUUUCUUGAUUGGAGGAAGGUGAAACUACUGUCCCGGAAACCACAUGACAAUGCCCAGCUAGUGAGUGGAGUUUACUUCCAGGGUACCACCAUUGGAAUGGCACCCAUUAUGAGUAUGUGCACAGCAGAGCAGUCAGGUGGAAUCGUAAUGGAUCAUUCGGACAAUCCUCUUGGAGCAGCGGUAACAAUGGCACACGAGCUGGGCCAUAAUUUUGGCAUGAACCACGAUACUCCUGAACGCGGUUGUACCUGCAGGGCAUCACCAGACAAAGGCGGCUGCAUCAUGACACCAUCCACAGGAUAUCCUUUUCCCACAGUUUUUAGCAGCUGUAGCAAGAAAGAUCUGGACAGUAGCCUGGAAAAGGGUGUUGGAAUGUGCCUCUUCAACAUGCCAGAAGUAAAACAACUCUAUGGUGGGCAAAAAUGUGGCAAUGGAUACGUUGAGGAAGGCGAAGAGUGUGACUGUGGUGAACUUGAAGAAUGUACCAACCCUUGCUGUAAUGCAAGUACUUGCACACUGAAGCCCGAGGCAGUUUGUGCUCAUGGACUUUGCUGCAAAGAUUGCAAGUUGAAACCUCCAGGAACCCCCUGCAGAGAUUCCAGCAAUUCUUGUGAUCUGCCUGAGUUUUGUACUGGAACAAAUGCACAGUGUCCAGCCAAUGUAUAUCUACACGAUGGGCAACCCUGUCAUAAGAAAGAUGGCUACUGUUACAAUGGAAUUUGUCAGACUCACGAGCAACAGUGUAUUACUCUGUGGGGACCAGGUGCCAAACCUGCCCCGGGAAUCUGUUUUGAAAGAGUAAACUCAGCGGGUGAUCCGUAUGGUAAUUGUGGAAAGGAUUCAACUGGUUCGUUUGCAAAAUGUGAGAUCAGGGAUGCUCGGUGUGGAAAGAUCCAGUGUCAAGGAGGAGCAAGUCGGCCUGUUAUUGGAACAAAUGCAGUCUCUAUAGAAACUAAUAUCCCUUUGCAAGAAGGUGGCAAGAUCCUAUGCCGUGGUACUCAUGUCUAUCUGGGUGACGAUAUGCCUGACCCAGGACUUGUGCUAACAGGCACUAAAUGUGGAGAGGGAAAGAUCUGUCUGAACAGACAAUGCCAGAACAUCAGUGUCUUUGGAGUGUUAGAAUGUGUUUCCAAGUGUCAUGGGCAAGGGGUUUGCAACAAUAAUAAAAACUGCCACUGUGACCAUGACUGGGCUCCUCCAUAUUGUGACAAACCUGGUUUAGGAGGAAGCAUAGACAGCGGACCCAUGAGACUUGAAGGAAACAACAGCUUGUUUGUGGGCAUUCUAGUUACCAUUUUGAGUCUCAUCACAGCUGGCGUGAUUAUGUGUUUCAAACGGAAGACAUUGCUCCAGCUUCUCUUCUCACAUAAAAUGACCACUGUGGAAAAAUUAAGAUCUUCUACGCCAAGUCAAUCUAGCACUGCCUACGCAACUCCUAUCAAAAGACAAUCCAAGAUAUACAAGCAGGCAGAGAAUCUUCAGCCUGCCAGCUCAUUCCCAUCCCCUAAUGUUCUGGACCAAGCUGUGCGACGGCCUUCCGGAUAUCAGCCUGUUCACAUUAGCAAUCCACUGCCAAAUUCCGUCAGAGGAGCAAACCUGCACUUUUCCCUGACGCCGCAGCGGGUUCUGCCUCCGCUGAACCACAGCAUGGGGUCCAAUUCUGGAGGACCAAGCAGACCACUGCCAGCCAACCCUUCCUUCAGACAUCCACAGGGGCCUUCUAAACGUAGUCCGCCACAGAAACCUCUGCCAGCGAAUCCUGUUAACCGGCCAUCUCAACUGCAUGUCUCCAUUCAGAAUCCGGAGAUCCACAUCAAACCUGUCAGGCCAGCUCCCAAGAAGCCACAGCAACACAAUAUUAAUCGACGUUGUUGAUAUUCAAUGAGAAGAACUUUAUCUGCCAGCAACUGACCAAACAUGUUUGCACUAUAUAAGAAUUCAAAAAGGAGUUAAACCUCUUAACCAGCAUUGAGAGUAGGAAUGUUUUUACCAUAUAUCCAUAUGUGUGCCUGUAUUUCUUGACUGGCAUGGACAUAGGAUAGUAAGAUAUAGGUGAAGGCCAAACUUGUGCUCACUGAUUACUGGAAGAGAAAAUACUAGUCCAUGGAUCUAAUUGAGAGAUGCCUUGAUCAUAGAAUAUUGAUAUAUUUUGCACAAGGAAAGUGAUCCUGCAUCUUACUAUCAUUAAUAUCUCAUGGAAUCAAUGAAUCUUAGCAAUGUUUGCAACAGCUUCAUUGUAUCCAUCACUGGUUAUUAUUGGUGUAACUUUCUUACUCCACUUUAAAAAUGCAUUCUAUUCAAUUUUUUAAUGACAUCAAUACAAAUCGUUUAGACAGUUAAAGCACUGAAAUUUAACAGUGCCUUCACUGUAUAAACAAGAGUUUGUGUGGGUAUAGUGCCUCAGUGCUUUAUGAUCAGACCCAUUCAUAGCAUUAGAGUUACAUGACAACAGUCAUAAUAUCUGCUAAAUCUACGUGACUUAUGAAUCCACAUGAUGAGGCAUUUUAAUUUAGCUGAAGUGCUGCAUGUGCUAAUCGUGACUGAACCAACUGUUUGAAAUGCAACCUUGUACUGUAAAUAAGAGAUAGGUUCACACCACCAAAGGUUGUGAUCAAAUUAGCUGGCGCUCAACAUAUUUUGUGUACAGAUAAAGGGAUUCUGAGCUCCUAUUUUUGGUGCUGUGGCUCCUUAUGGUGCUGUGUACUUGCUCAGGUAUGUGUAAAUUAUUAAUUUAUGUUGAAUAUUUAUUACAAUGCAGUGCACUGUGGUGGACACUUUUACAGUAGCUGAAAUUUCUUAAAGAAAAAACUCUCGAGUGUCAUAAUUGUGAUAAUUCUUCAAUAAAAACAUUCUGCCUAAUUGCAGCUGAGCAGAAUAAAUGCAUUUGCUCUACAAUUACUAGGGCGCCAAUGAACACAAUGUGCUAUUACUUUUCAACAGCAGGAACUUAGGAAAAAAAUCUGAAUCAAAGAGGAAUUCAGCACACAUUGGGCUGAUUCACAGAAUUCAUAUAAAUCAAAUCACUGCAUUGUUUCCUUUUUUAGGUAAACCAUUUUGUAAAAUGAUUUUUAAGAAUUCCAAACUUGAUAUUAGUGUCUGAUGUAGUUUAUUGAUUAAACUAUACACACAUUUUUGUAGCAUUUACAUAACUAGAAGGUCAGCUAGCCACUCUGAGCUCGUAUUUUUAAAUGAAAUGUAUGUAACAUUCCAUUUAAGCUUGUUCAAGUUAGUUGUAUGUUUUAGGUUUUACAGGGAAACAUUUCUGCAACUUGUUUUCCUUUGCCAUUGACUCAAGAUUAUGCUUGUGAACUGUCCAUUAUUCACUAAAUUCUGUGUUCAAACAA